GAACCCUUUGCUUCCACGGACCCCUCGUGCCUUUCGCAUCUCGCCGCCAUGGCCUGGCUGCGCCGCUUCGGCGCGCAGCCCGGCAUGGCGCUGGGCGGAGAGGUGCUGUCCGCUGGUAUCGGGGCACCGUGGAUGCAGGCCUGGAGGAGCUUCGGCGUGUUCAAGCGGGGGGAAGCGCCCGUGGUGAAGAGCAGCUUUGCGCCGUAUCCCAUGGUGCCCUACGGAGUGAAGAGAAGCUCCGCGUAUCGGGAAUCCAAGAAAGCAGCGAGGAAAGCCGCCGAGCGAGCUCGACGCGCUCAAGAGGAAAAGGGCAUGAUUCUGGAUCCUAAGAAGCAGCUUCGUAUGGAGCUGAAACGAAACACCGGAAUCGGCUGGUACCGCGCGGCCCAGAUCAUCAAGCACCUGGAGAUGCACGAGCGCGGCAAGGGGCCUCCCAUCGACCAAGCGAUGCGCGAUCGCAUUACCAACAUCGCGCGGGUGGUCAGGAUGGGCAAGUGAUCGUGCAGAGGCCUUGCAAUGGAUGUGAUGUACAAAGUCCCAUGGAACACAUCCCAUGUGAUUGCACUGGCCUGGACACAGAUUGUGAGGAGGUGGAGCGGCCGCUUUCGGAAACAAAACA